CACCCAAUAGAGAAGCUUAUGGACGAAGCGAGCCGAAAAUGGGAGGAGAAGCUGCGUCGGCAGAGCAAGACGCUCGAGCAGGCAGUGAGGGAGUACAGGCACAGAUACGGAAUGCAACCUCCUAAGGGUUUCGAUAAAUGGUUCGCCUUUGCCCAGAGAAAUGGCUUUCAACUGUUAGACGAAUUCGACGCCAUCCACACCGACCUCACCCCGUUUCGCGCCCUCUCCUCGUUCGAGAUCCAGUCUCGCACCCGCUCAGCGACCAAGCAGGAAACGAUGUUUUCUGUCACGAUCAAGGAUGGGCUUGCACGUGCGGGAAACGAGGUGCGCACAGGGGGGAAGAAGAAAGGCGAUAUGGGGCGUGCGAAGGGGUUCGUUCAGAGCUUAGAAGGCUUUGUGGAGGAGUUGCCGGAUAUGGUGUUUGCUGUUUCGGGGUUGGCAGAGUCAAGCGUCUACCCCACUUGGGAGGUCUCCCAGCCACAUAACGCUACCACGAGCCUGGGCGAUGCCCAAGACUACAUUAGCAAGAGCAACGACUUCCCCGUGCGUCUAACCCCUUCCCCUACUCAGUUGUGGUACAAAUACACCAACACCUGUCAUCCGCUCGAUCCUGUCCGCGCCCGACCCAAUGACUGGCAAUUCCCGCCUGCGACAGCUAUCCUCCCUCCGACGGACUUCGACGCUCUAUCUGCGGCUGCAGAGCGCGGGGAGGGCGGGAAUCCGUUUACGGCGUUCUUGAAAGCCAGCGAAGCGAAUUUGGAUUUCUGCAAAAAUCCAGAGGAGUUCUAUAAAUUCGGCCAUUUCUAUGCUGGAUGGCCGAUGUUCAACGAGACGUAUCCCGUGUUCGGCCCAGGUAAAGCACCGCAGUCGAUGGACAUCCGUAUCCCGUCGUAUUAUUAUAUCGUGCCUUUACCGAAGUAUACGUAUGGCUUUAGUGCGGAUAUCGGACACGGGCAAGACGACGACCCCAAUGAUCCUGACUGGGAGGACAAGACUGGAAACAUGUUUUGGAGAGGUGCUACUACUGGAGGGGGUUCAUCCCCCAGUGGGAGGUACUCGCACUACGUGCGGCACAGACUCAUUCAGCUUGCAGGACAAGACAAUCCCACCUCCCAACCGAUCCUGCACCGAGCAUCUAACGGCCUCACUUCUUCGUGGACCCAAACUCCUAUCGACGUCAAUACCUUGCGCACCGUCGCUCUCGAUGCGGCAUUCACCAAAGCGGUCCAGUGCGCGCCGUACAAGCCCGGCGGGUGUGACGGGAUGAUGCGCGACUACAGGUUUGUUGAGAAGGUGCCGCUUUACGAAGCCUACAAAUCUAAGAUCCUCCUGGACCUGGACGGUAUGGGUUACUCGGCGCGUUCCAUGGCACUGCUAGCGAGCAAGAGCGCCUUGGUCAAGUCCACCAUCUAUCGCGAGUUCUUUGAAGACUGGCUCCAGCCUUGGGUGCAUUAUAUUCCCUUAAGCUCGAACUUUACUGAGCUGUUCAAUAUCUGGGCGUUCUUCAUCGGAGUUCCCGAUUUUGUGUUGGACCCCACGCUGCCUAGCACCCUUCCCAAGCCAGGGGAUGUAUACGACACCAAGGGGGACGUGUUGCUGAAGGGCGUUGCCGAUGCUGGCCGGAAAUGGAAGCGCGAACACGCGCGGAUCGUCGAUAUGGAAGUGUACACGUAUAGGCUCUGCCUAGAGUGGGCAAGACUGUGGUACAAGGACGAGAUGGAGAUGGACUUCGUCCUAGAGCACGAGCAUGGGGACGACGAGUGAGCUCGGGAAAUAUAGACUUGUGAUAUUUGGUACAUCAUCUGUUUGAAUCGUGUUCCUGUCAUUUCUAAUAGAC